CGGCUAACCUUUAUUGCGCAGAGCAAAGUUGUUCAGCAAAGGAGUUUAAAUAAAGAAACGGAUCGUUUGAAUGGGUUAAGAAAAGAGAGCGGAACAUCAGCAAAAUGAUGGAGCUACCCAACUACAGCAGCCAGCUGAUGCAGCAGCUGUGGGCCCUGAGGAGGGAGGGCCACCUGUGUGACUGCACCAUCCUGGUGGGGGACAGCCCCCACCGCGCCCAUAAACUGGUACUGGCUGCCUCCAGCAUGCUCUUCAGGUCUCUCCUGGAAGGCUCCGACACCAUCUCCAUCGACACGGCCAUGGUGUCCUCGCAGGAAUUCGGCUGCCUGCUGGACAUGGUCUACACCGGCAAGCUGCCUCUGGGCAAACACAACGUGAGCCGCAUCGUGGCGGCCGCUGACAGCCUGCAGAUGUUCGACGUGGCUGUCGGCUUCAAAAACAUCCUCACUAGUCUGGUAAACCAGCAAACUCCGGUCCAUUCUACACAUACCCCCAGUAUCCCGGUGAUAAACCAAGUCCAGAGCAUGAACACUGAUGGUUCCGCUUCACCCAGCAAGGAGGACACGACUUCAGACAAGACGGAGAGAGAGAGUGAGAGUGAAGCUGCAGAGGAGCCGGCGUGUAAAAGAAGCUGUGUGCAGAACUCAGAGCCUGAAGAAGCCAAAACCUCAGUAGUGGAAGAAAACAACCCGACAGCAGCGCAGCAGUCUAACGGGCCUGCAGCUGGAGUUCUGGAACAUUCCUCUGAGCUGGUGGAGCUCCUCAGCAACAUGCCGUCUGUCCUGGAGCUGCUGAGCCAGGCAGCACAGGGAGGCCUGGCUGAGCAGGAGAGACAGCUGGUGUGUGAGUGCUGUGAGGAGGCAGACCCCUACCCGGCGCUGGAGAAGCUGCUGAGCCUAGUGAGGGAGGAGCAGCUGAGCGAGGCGGCGCUCCUCACCCUGCUCCUCACCCUGCAGCAACAAGCCCCCUCCUCCUUCCCCUCCCCCCUGCUCCCCCUGCUGGAGGAGGCUCAGAGCAGGCUCACUGCAGGCGGAGAACUGUUCGACUCUGGAAAGCAGAGCGGCAGUGAAGAAAAGCGAGAGGACGAGGACAAAAAAGAGGAGUCAGAAGAGGAUGAGAAGGUCAUUGAUGCUCCAACAGACUCCUCCUCCCCCUCCAAGCCCUACCCCUGCCGCUGGUGUAAGAGGGGCUUUGCCUUCAAGUGUCGGAUGCUGGCCCAUGUGAAGCGCUGCCCCUCCUCUCAGGAGGGGGAGCAGCAGUGCCCGCAGUGCCCCAAGAAGCUGGCCAACCAGAGGGCCCUGCAGCAGCACCGCGCCGAGGCCCACCGCAGCACCACCCGCCUCAAGAAGAAGGUGUCAUGUGACCUCUGCGGGAGAAACUUCGCCCACCCAUCAGGCAUGCUUUACCACAAGCGCACCGAACACUUUGAAGAGAAACCGUUUGCUUGUGAGGACUGCGGCGCAAAGUUUGGCGCCAACUCUUCUCUGAAGAAUCACAUGAGGCUGCACACAGGAGAGAAACCGUACUGCUGCAAACACUGCCACAUGAGCUUCAGUGUGGCUGCUGCACUCGCAUACCACACCAAGAAGAAACACUCUGAGGGAAAGAUGUAUGUGUGUCAGUACUGUAAGGCCGUCUUCGCCCAGUCCAUUGAGCUGACUCGUCACGUGCGCACACACACCGGGGAUCGGCCGUAUGUGUGCAGAGAGUGUGGCAAAGGUUACAGCCAGGCCAGCGGACUCACAGUGCAUCUGCACACCUUCCACAAUCUGUUGGAACCUCAUGACUGUCAGAAGUGCUGCCUCAGCUUCUCCUCCCUGGAGGAGCACCGGCAGCACAUCCACGAGCUCCACCCCAAGGAGUUCCACAAGUGCCCCACAUGCGACAAGGUGUUCACCAGCGCCGCCCUGCUGGACAAACACAAGGGCACACACACAGGAAGCAAGCCCUUCAGCUGCGAGCUCUGCAACAAGUCCUACCAGCAACUGUCAGGCCUCUGGUACCACAACAGGACCAACCACCCUGACAUGUUUGCUAACCACACCCGGCAGCUCAAGACUCUGUGCCAGUGUGACGUCUGCUUCAAGUUCUUCCCCAGCGCUGCCAGUGUGGCCAAACACCAGGCAGCAGAGCACCAGGGCUCCACGGCUGCAGCGCUCACCUGUCCCUACUGCCCUGCUGUGCUGGGGGGGGAGGAGGAGCUGCAGGAGCACCUCAGCAGCCAGCACCUGGAGGCCUCCAGCUGCCCCUUCUGCUCCCUGCUCUGCUGCUCCCAGCUGGAGCUGCAGGAGCACCUGCUCUCCUGCCACAUGGAGGCUCAGGAGGAGCAGGGGGGGGAGGAGGAGCAGGAGGAGUCCAGCUCCCACACUGAGACUGCAGCACAUCCAGCAGGAAAUGAAGGGGCGGAGUCAGAGGCCCAGCAGGUGUUUGUGGCUCUGGCAGGAGGCGGGGAGGUCAACAUGUACGAGCUGCUCAACAGCUCUGUCACCAUCAUCUGUGAGGACAAGCCGGGAGCUGCGGACUCCUGACCCGACCUCUGACCCCUGGAGGAUCAGAGGUAUGUCUCAGCUACAACACACAACCCAGGCCAUGGACUCAGUGUGAUGAAGCUUCACGUGUACUCCACCAAAAUCUGUUCUGUGGUGCAGCUGUGUGGCCGUUUUCAGACCAGUGAGGGUUCCUGACUUUGGAAAAAGUUCUCAUUAAUUUAAGUCCAGCUCUGCAAACUCCAUUCCCUGAUGAAGACUUUACGUGUUUGUUUAUUGAAGGAGUUUUUUUCUUUGUCACCAAAUUCCAUAAAAAAGACUAAAACCCAC